GCAGGCUAUCACAGCUCUCCUGGGAAGGACAAAGAGGUGACAUUGGAGAACACUAUGAACUUCUCUGAUAUUUACCACUCUGAUGAAGAGUACUUCAGGAAACUCAAAGACCUGAGGGCUGCCCAUGCAGAGGCCAUGGUAAAAUUAGAGAAAAUGUACCAGGACAAGCUAACUAUGAAGGACAUCCAGGCAGCACUCGUUGGGGAUGAUUCUUAUAGUUCUGCAUCGGAAAAGCGCCGCUCACAUCCUGCCUUGUCGGCGACCUCGCUUUCAGAGCCUGACCUAGACGGGUCGUCCUCCUUGUCCACAACUACUGAUGAGUUGCCCGACCUAGAGAAAAAGACUCCUGGGGAAAUUGGAACAAGGUCCUAUGCCAAGGAGCUCAUAAACAACAUGUGGAACGACUUUUCUGUUGAAGAUUAUUAUACUCAGUAUGACUCUGACCUCCAAACAGCUAAGAAAAACAGGAAGAAACCUAAAGCCUGGACGCCCAGGAUUACAGUGCCGGCGCCCUUUGAAAUGACGGUAAGAGAGCAGAAGCGGAGAGAGAAGGCCUCGGAUGCUCAGGAAACCAGGGAGAAGAUGCUCAAGAGGAAUGAGGACGAUGCAGAGUGUAAGAAGAAAUUCCGAGCCAAUCCAGUUCCUUCCCGCCUGCUCCUUCCCCUUUAUGAGGAUCUAGUCAAGCAGAACGAGGAGCGUCGGAAGAAGACCCGGGAGAGGAGCAAAGCCGCACUCCUGGCCUCCCAGAAGCCCUUUAAGUUCAUUGCGAGGGAGGAGCAGAAGCAAGCAAUCCGUGAGAGGAAGCUGAGAGAACUUUUGAGGGCUAGGAGGAAAUCGAAGCAGUUUAAAGCCAGGCCUGUGCCUCGUUUUAUUUACAGACCACCUGCGAAUGUCAAGCCAAAGAGGGAAGAGCUCUAUGGGGACAGCAGGACGCAGCCAAAGGCCAGAGAUGUGCUGCACAGUUCGCCUGGGCCCAGUCACUCCGCUUACAGAGCUUUCAGGGACCCCAGAAGUCCUGCAAUGCCAAGGGGUAAACACAGGCAUAGGCGCCUGAGCCCCGGUGACCAACGCUUGGAGAAAUGGAAGGAACCCUCUGAACAUAGCUUUCGGAACUGCCCGGUGCUUUGUGACCAGUGUUGUCUUUACGAAUCCUUAUGUGACCCUAAUAAAAGACAGAAAAUCUUGGCAAACGUCCGAAUGGGUGAGGAAAUUCUGAAAGAAAUACGCAGGCCUAAUCCGUCUCCUAGGCAUAAAUCCCCCAGAAGAAGCGCGCACGCCAACGCCAGGCCUUCUGAAUACAGCCCUCCGAUGCCCACCGCGUCUUCCCGAGGGCGCGAGCAAGCCAUCAGAAGGAGCGAAAAGGCCAGGAUGAAAGAAUAUUGGCAAGAAUUGGAGGAGCAAGAUAAAAAAUUGCAAAAGAGGCCGUUGCUGUUUGAAAGAGUCUCCCAGGUUGUGUUUAUUGGAAUUUAGGGCCAUGACCAGCGUCCUGUUUCAGGACCUCUGGCCUCCAUGUGUGUGCUCCAUCUCGUUGGGUCCUACAGUUGCCGAGACAUGCCGUUUCUGGGGCAGCUUCAUCCGGUCCACCAAGGAAGUGAUUUUGCUUAAGAUCCGAUGAGGCUCGCAGCUCAAUAAAGAACACGUCGCCAACCCUAUGAACCUUAGGUUCCUGCCACAGUU